AUGGUGCUUCUCACCACCCUGAUUCGUUUCCUCGCCGUCGCUGCCGUCGUCGCAGCAGCCCCUCAGCCUUUCAAGGUGGCCUUCGAUGCUGACGAUGUGCAGAGGAUGAAGGACCUCACAAAAGGCACAUUGCUUCCCGAGAAGGCACUGUACAGUGCAACGUCCUCGCAGUUCGGCAUCUCGUACAACAAGCUCGCAGAGAUGAAGUCACUUCUCGAGAAUCUUGAUACCAAUGCGUUACAAGACAAGCUCAACGGCGAGCCCAUGUUUACCUCGGUCAUCGACGGCUACACGAUCCAAUAUGUCCACAAACAAGCAGCCGACCCUUCCAAGGCCAUUCCGAUCAUCCUGAGUCACGGCUGGCCAGGCACGUGGUACGAGUAUUAUCCCGUCAUUGACGCCUUGGUGAAGGGCGACGGCAAGGGAGGACCGACAUUCAACGUCGUAGUCCCUUCUACGCCUGGCUUUGGAUACUCAACCAAUCCGGGCCCCAACUUUACAAACUACGACACGGCCGAGCUCUACCACAAGCUCAUGACUCAGGAGCUUGGCUACAAAAAUUAUGGAGCCGCGGGUGGUGAUUUUGGCGGGGUGACCACCUAUGGUCUCUACAACAAUCAUUCCGAAUGCGCCCUCGCCCAUUUCUGGACGCUUCCCUAUUUCCCUCUCACGUUCGACAUGCUCAAGCAGCAGUACCCCAUUGAAGCGGCGCGCCUCACGUCUUUUGAGGUCAACGGCCAGCAAAUCACCAACGAGUGGUUGCUCAAACAGAUGGGUUACUUCCAAGAGCAAGCCUUCAGGCCGGCUACCAUCGGCUUGGCAUUGCAGGACAAUCCCGUCGGGCAGCUGGCUUGGAUUGGUGAAAAAUAUGUUUCAUGGUCGGAUCCUGCUGCUGGCUCGGCCUCGAUAGGCAGCCAAUUUGACACGCAGCGUAUGGUCGAGUUCAUCGCUAUCUACUAUCUAUCGAAGACGUUCCAGUCAUCCGUCUUUCAGUACACACGCUCGGGAAACGACUUUCUGCUGACAGCCUCGAAGAGCCAGAGCAAGCGGCCCUUUGCACAGUCCGUCUUCAACUACGAGAUUCUUCGCGUUCCCAAAUUCUACACCGAGAGGCUUGGCAAUCUCCAGUACUACAACACACACGGCCACGGAGGGCAUUUUCCAGGCACAGAUCAGCCAAACGCCGUCAUUGCUGAUCUGAGAGAGUCGUUUGCCAAGUUGUACAGGCCUUAG